CGGAAUUGGUUCCUGGUUUGAACGCUAGAGGGCCGAAACUCAACGGACACAGGCCCGCCAUGGCAGAAAACGUGUACUCGAAAGGGACACGUGUCUGGUUUGUGGACAAGGAACAAGCCUGGAUUUCCGCGGAGGUUACGUCGGUUAGCCGUGCUGCAGACGAUACUGUCAAGCUUGUAUUCGUUGAUGAACGAGGCAAGGAGACCGUGGUUGAUACGACUGUGAAGGAUAUCAAGGCCAACAAAGAAGGACUCCCUCCAUUACGCAACCCUCCUCUCCUCGAGACCGCCGACGACCUUGCCACACUCUCUCAUCUCAAUGAGCCGUCAGUUCUACAUACCAUACGGAACCGCUAUGCGCAACAUAGCAUAUACACUUACUCGGGAAUAGUUCUUAUCGCUAUGAACCCAUUCCAGCGGGUAACCAUGUAUGGACCAGAAAUCAUACAGGCCUAUAGCGGACGACGUCGUGGUGAAUUAGAGCCUCACCUGUUCGCCAUAGCCGAGGACGCCUAUACAGCAAUGAGGAAAGAUGGAACCGGACAGACCAUCAUCGUCUCUGGUGAAAGUGGUGCUGGGAAGACGGAAUCAGCCAAGCUCAUCAUGCGAUAUCUCGCAUCCGUCAAUCCACCUGAUUCGGGAGCGAAGGGCAGAACAAAACUGUCCUUGGACGAGGCCAGCGAAGUGGAACGCCAAAUUCUUGCUACCAAUCCGAUUCUCGAGGCGUUCGGUAACGCCAAGACGACGCGGAAUGACAACUCUUCCCGUUUUGGUAAAUACAUCCAGAUCCUUUUCGACGGCAGACAAGAAAUUGUAGGAGCCAGAAUACGGACGUACCUUCUGGAGCGAUCGAGGCUGGUUUAUCAACCCCUCACAGAGCGCAAUUACCACAUCUUCUAUCAGCUCUGCGCUGGUGCGCCGAUCAAGGAGCGCAAGGACCUUGGUCUGGAUACCGAUAUUACCAAGUUCCACUACUUGAAGCAGGGAGGGCCAAUGUCGACGCCUAUCGUUGGCGUUGAUGAUGCAGAGGAAUUCCGUGCUACGCAACAAGCGCUCUCCACCGUUGGGAUCAGUGUGGAGAAACAAUGGGCAGUCUUUAAGCUACUGGCUGCGUUACUCCAUCUGGGAAACGUGGCCAUUACACAGAUGCGGAACGACGCGAUAGUCGAGGAUACGGAUCCGGCUCUUCAGCUCUCGACUCGAUUCCUCGGUAUCACACUAGCCGAGUUCAAAAAGUGGACCAUCAAGAAGCAGAUUACCACUCGUUCGGAGAAAAUCGUCACAUCAUUGAAUGCAGCCCAGGCUACCGUCGUACGCGAUUCCGUGGCGAAGUUCGUAUAUGCAUGCUUGUUUGAAUGGCUGGUUGCCAUUGUCAACGAGAGCUUAGCUGGCGAAGGUGGAGAAGCAACUCAGCGAGCGGAGAUGUUCAUUGGCGUCCUCGAUAUCUACGGGUUCGAGCACUUCCAAAAGAAUUCGUUCGAGCAGUUCAGCAUUAACUACGCCAACGAGAAGCUGCAACAAGAGUUUUAUGCGCAUGUAUUCAAACUGGAACAAGACGAAUACGUGCGCGAACAGAUAAACUGGACCUUCAUUGAUUUCUCGGACAAUCAGCCUUGCAUCGAUGUCAUAGAAGGGAAACUGGGAGUACUGGCUCUUCUGGACGAGGAGUCUCGGCUACCAUCGGGCAGCGAUUCCUCGUUCUUACAAAAGCUUAAUACGCAGCUGAACAAACCCGAAUACAAGAAUGUCUUCAAGAAACCGCGGUUCGGAAACUCGGCCUUUACUAUAGCACAUUAUGCGCUUGACGUCACGUAUGAAGUAGAAGGUUUCCUCGAGAAGAAUCGCGACACCGUUCCGGACGAACAUAUGACGCUGCUUGCCUCUACCAAGAACUCGUUCCUCAAGGAAGUACUGGAUGCUGCUCUUGAUCAGUCUAAGCCACUUGAUAGCCCUCGGACUCCUGGAUCUCCAGCCCCUUCCGAUUCGGGAAGUGGGGGUUCUCGACGAGCAUCCGUAAUUCCAGAUCCUGGUCGUCCAUCUCUGGUCUCGUCUGGUCCCACAUCCGGCCCCAAACGCCCCGGUGCUGUUUCCAGGAAGCCAACACUGGGAUCGAUAUUCAAGGCGUCUUUGAACAACCUCAUGGAGACGCUUCACGUUACCAACGUCCAUUACAUCCGGUGCAUAAAACCAAAUGAGGCGAAAAAGGCAUGGGAAUUCCAACCUCAGCAAGUGCUCGGUCAACUGCGAGCCUGCGGCGUCCUGGAAACCAUCCGGAUUAGUUGUGCUGGUUACCCGACUCGCUGGACGUACGAGGAAUUCGUUGAGCGGUACUACAUGCUUGUACCCUCUUCAGAAUGGGCCCCGAAAAUCCAGAAUCUCGAGUUGAAGAGCCUGUGCUCUACGAUUCUAGAGAAAACCAUCGCCGAUCCGGACAAGUAUCAGAGCGGGUUGACAAAAAUAUUCUUCCGGGCGGGCAUGCUCGCUGCGCUCGAAUCACUACGAGCUGAUCGCCUCAAUGCAUUGGUCACAGUGGUGCAGAAGAACGUGCGCAGGAAGCUAGCGAUGACCAGCUAUCAGCGGAUGCGCCGAGCCGCUAUCAGGAUACAGACUUGGUGGCGCAUGAAUAUGGCCAAGCGAUUUGUUCACCGCGUCAGGCAACAAACGGCUGCUAUCCGUUUACAAACUGCAAUUCGCCGGUUUGUUCAGAUGAAGGUAUUUGCGGAUAUCAGGAAUUCGGUGGUCAUGUUCCAGAGCCUUGCACGCGGAAGGCAGACUCGACGGCGGCUGAUGCAUACUAGACGCUCGAAUGCAGCAACGCUUCUCCAAAGCUUGCUUCGUGGGAUGCGCUCACGCAAAUGUUAUCGUGCCGAUGUUCGCCAUGUUGUGUGGAUGCAAUCUUGCAUUCGUCGCCGCUUGGCUCGAAAAGAGUUGAAAGCGCUCAAGGCAGAAGCUCGUUCUGUUUCCAAGUUCAAGGAGAUAUCCUACCGACUCGAGAACAAGGUGGUCGAACUCACACAAACGCUGCAAUCUCGGACUCAGGAGAAAAAGGAGCUACAGUUGCGCUUGGCGGAGCUGGAACAGCAAUUGCAACAAUGGACUGCCAAAUUCGAGGAGGCUGAUGCACGAAACAAGCAGCUUCAGUCCGACCUGGUGUCUGCUCAUGCGGAGGUAUCGCGUGGUCAGGAGCUCAUUAAGGUCAAGGCGGACUUGGAGAAACGCCUGGAAGACGCCCUCAACAAGGCGACACAACGGGAGGCCGCUUUCCAACAGAUGUCCGACACCCUUGCCCGCCAGUCCGCGCAGCUGGAGGAGCAGCAAAAAGCCAUCGAUGCCAAACCGAUCCGAAAUACUGAAGAUGGCUCUAUCAUCAUGACCUUGAAAAACGAAGUCAGUAGCCUACGCGAACAACUGAAUCGCGCCAACGCUCUCAACGUUCUUACGAGAGGCAGCCGGCCAGAGCCUACUUCCCCAACCUUUGCCCCCGUCCUCCGGCUCGGGGAACUCCCUGCCGCCGCUGGUGCCACAAAUGGCGACAACACCGUUAAUGAACUGAAGGGCCAUCAGCGCAGGCACAGUUCCGCAGGCGUAUUCUCCAUGGCGUCUAGUGAUCAUCGCGCUUCUGUCGACGAACUCAUGAUAUCCGUCAAACGGAAUCAAAGCAUGAAUCCUCGCGCCGUCUCCGUCGCAUACAACGGCGCCGAGAAUGGUCUGGCUCGAUUCCGAGCUCCAAGCGGCCUCUCGGAUAUAUCGGACGAUCCUGCGGAGGAGAAGAUUCGCCUCCUGACGGACGCGGUGCGAUUAGACGCGGACGUCCUUGAUGGUCUCAUUCGCGGCCUCAAAAUUCCAGCUCCGAGUCUCACCACCGCCACUCCGAUCAAGGAGAUACUGUUCCCCGCGAAUCUCAUCAGCUUGGUCACCAAUGAGAUGUGGAAAUACGGGCUCAUACCCGAGAGCGAACGGUUCUUGGCUAGCGUCAUGCAGACUAUCCAGUCUCAUGUCAUGUCUUUUACCGGCGAAGAUGCGAUCAUUCCUGGGAUUUUUUGGCUGUCCAACGUUCACGAAAUGCUAUCUUUCAUCUGCGUUGCCGAGAGCGACAUGUUACAGGGCAUAGGUCCGGGCGAGGAGACUGCUGGGCGUCCAUUUGAUUGGAGUGACUACGAACGUCUCGUCACUGUGGUGAAGCAUGAUCUCGACAGCCUCGAGUACAACAUCUACCACACGUGGAUGAUGGAGACAAAGAAGCGACUAAACAAGAUGGUAAUCCCGGCCCUCAUCGAAAGCCAGUCACUACCCGGCUUCACAACUUCUGACGGCGGAGGACGGCUACUGAAUCGGCUCCUGAAUACGAACUCGCAGCCAGCGUUUAGUAUGGAUGAUAUACUCAACCUUCUGAACAAGGUUUGGAAGAGUUUGAAGAGUUACUGCAUGGAAGAAUCCGUCGUACAACAGGUUAUCACCGAAUUGCUGAAGUUGAUUGGCGUCACGAGCUUUAAUGACUUGCUGAUGAGGCGCAAUUUCUCGUCGUGGAAGCGAGCUAUGCAAAUACAGUACAACAUCACCCGUAUCGAAGAAUGGUGCAAAUCACAUGAUAUGCCCGAGGGUACACUGCAAUUGGAGCAUUUGAUGCAGGCCACUAAGCUGCUUCAAUUGAAGAAGGCCACAACGGCGGAUAUCGAGAUCAUAUAUGACGUAUGCUGGAUGCUCAGUCCCAUGCAGAUACAGCGCAUGUGCACAAACUACUACGUUGCUGAUUACGAGACCCCCAUCUCGCCCGAGAUCCUUCGAGUCGUUGCUUCAAGAGUGAAUACUAAUGAUCGCAACGACCAUUUACUGCUGGCUCCCGAAUCGGAGGAAGUUGGGCCAUACGAACUUCCUCUACCCCGAGAAGUUUCAGGCUUAGAGACAUACGUUCCAGCCUACCUGAACGUAUCUCACCUUCGAAGAUUAGCCGCUCUCGUGGCAUAGCCGGCUAUUAUAUCUGCAUUUACGUAUCGCACGGUUUUUAUGUAUACCUGGACCGCAUUCGGAAUAGUUCUUUCUCAUGACCAUGUGCUAUCUCAACGGCUUUUCACGCCACUGUAUAAUGCAUCC